CGACCGAAACUAACCAAGCCCAAUGAUUUUAUAAUAAUUAAAUUCAUUCAAUGGCCCCACAGACUUGCUCUCUAUUCUUAACUUCUGGCUCUUAAAUUUCAUUGAUGAGGGUAAUUUUUUUAUCAUCUAAAUUCUUUCUUUUUUACACAUUUAACUAAGUAUUCCAGGAAAUAAAAAUGUCGUUUAAAAUACUUAAUGAAAGCUCCUUCCUAUACUUUGCAUAUGGAUACAAUAUGUGUGAAGAGGUAAUUCAUAUGAAUAAUCCUACCGCGGAGUUAGUGACUAUUGGGCGUUUGGACAACUACCGGCUGGAUUUCAGAAGAUAUUCCGCAUAUUGGGGUGGCCCUUCUAUGACCAUGGUUGCCACGGCGAAUGCCCACCUUUGGGGUGUAAUAUGGAAACUGAAUAAAGACGACUUAAUUGCUCUUGAUAGUACAUUUGGCGUGGACACAAAAAGAUACUAUCCGCUAUAUGUGGACGUACUAACUCCUCAUAUGGGUAAGAUUUGGUGUCGAAGUUACUGUCAGAAAGUUAAUCCUCUUCCCAGAGGAGACAACGAUCCCAUUCCGCUUGAGCAAUGGCCUUCAAAAACCUUGAAAAGUAUUAUGGUUUUAGGCGCAAAGAAAUGUAGACUGCCUGAAUUUUAUGUAGAGUUUUUGAAGUCGUUAAAAGACAACGGCGAGGAGGGAUGCUAUGAGAUGCUGCAGCUGCUGCGGCGAUACGGCGACCCGCUGGCGCCGGGCUGCGCGUGCGACUGGCCCGGACGCUACCCGAGGAAACCUCUCAAACUAGACAAAACACAAUUUGCCCCAUCAAACAAAUCUGAUGUAGACGUAAAUAAAAAUAAUUUCUAAUUGAAA